AUGACCAGCGAGAAUGUUCUGCAGCCACUGUCGCGGCCAUGGCAGCUGUACAAGACACGCUAUCGUCGGCUCAAAGGUGCAUUGCGUGAUGUUGUGACCGAGGAUCUCCGAGAGAUCACGGGCAACCGGACCAUCAGGAUGUCAUGGACCGCAGUCGACUUUCACCAACGAGUUGAGCUGCCAUACGGUGUUGCCCUUGUGGGAUGGCCAACCAAUGUUGCCCGCACAAACCUCAGCAAGAUCGGAGGGUGUGAGAUUCUCGAUGAUCUGCUCAUGAAGUGGCAAACGGGCAAAAUGCGGUUUGAGCGUCUGGAACCGGCAAAGCGGCCUGUCAGGCUAGAGCUUCGGCGAUGCACACGGAGUGAUACCGGGCGCUCGCAUGUGUUUGUUGACAAGAAAGUGUCAUUGAAGCGAAUGCGACGGGGUAACAAGGUUCCGAAAAGUGCGCCGAUCAUCGAAAACUCAGAUGUUGGCUCAGAUGCAGAUGCCGCCGCCGAGGGGAAUAUCGGGAGCAGGGCAGAGUCAGCUGAUGAAAACGAGAGUCGAAUUUGCAAGCGGCGCAGGCUGGAUCUCGGCAAUCUUGCUGAUGACCAAAAUGGCAACUCAUCAGCUCCGGAAACAAUUGAGGAUUUCUCAUCAGAUGCCCGGUCACUUGCCGAGACGAUUGAGGAUGCCGAUGACUGGGAGUAA